GAUUUGUCUAAUUUCUUCAGUUUGCCGACAGCAGUGAUAUCAAAAAUGUCUACGAAAUUACACUAUUUUCACUUAAACGGUCUUGCUGAGUCCAUCAGAUAUAUUUUGCAUUACAGUAAACAGAAAUUCGAAGAUGUUAGAUAUGAUAGAUUAAGUUGGCCCAUCAAGGAAGUGAAAGAUGCUCUCCCAUAUGGUCAACUUCCGUUGUAUGAAGAGGGGAACCGCAGACUGAACCAGUCAAUAGCAAUCGCUCGCUACAUCGCCAGCAAGACCAACUUGCUGCCCUCUGACCCCUGGGAACAGGCUGUGCUGGACGCAGCAGCCUUAAAUGCAACUGAUUUCUUUGCAAAAUUGGUUGCUUACAUCAAGGAGACAGACCCAGUCAAGAAAGAGCAGCUGAAGAAGGAGUUCUUAACAGAAACAGUUGACUACUACCUAUCAAGGUUCGACAAAGAACUCAAGGCUAACAACGGAUUCUUCGGUGGAAAGUUGACCUGGGCUGAUUUCGUCCUGGUUGGCAUCAUCGAAUCGGUGAACCUGUUCCUUGGUACGGAAAUUGAGAAGAAAUACCGCACUGUCUCCGCCCUCAUCAACCACGUCAGAUCGUUACCCGGGGUUAAGGAAUACAUCGCCACUAGGAAGCCGUAUUCUGUAUAAGUCUUAUCAAAAAUAAACUUUGCAAUAUUUU